AUGCAUCUCAAUACACUUCAGUGUUUGGUCAUUGGCCUCGUUGCCAAUGCUGCACAAUCAUUAGCUGUGCCGACGAAACGAGAGGCUGUGAAUAGCUGUCUUGUCCAAGCAAAAGUCCCAGUCGACACCAAGGGCACGCAAACAUGGACCGAAGACGGCACCGCUUACAAUCUUCGCCUUCAGUUCGAACCCGUCGCCAUCGCAGUCCCCACGACCGUAGCUCAAAUCUCCGCCGCUGUCGUUUGCGGCUCAAAACAUGGCGUCGCAGUUAAUGCCAAGAGCGGUGGCCACAGUUAUACAUCCCUCGGUUUCGGCGGAGAAGAUGGCCAUCUCAUGAUUGAGCUAGACCGUUUAUACAGCGUCAAACUAGCCAAGGAUGGCACUGCCAAGAUUCAGCCUGGCGCACGACUUGGCCAUGUCGCCACUGAGCUCUGGAACCAAGGAAAGCGUGCUCUUUCUCAUGGAACUUGUCCUGGUGUCGGUAUCGGUGGUCACGCCCUGCACGGCGGUUACGGAAUGGUCGCGCGCAAGUACGGACUCACGCUGGACUUGAUGAAGGGCGCUACUGUAGUUCUCCCCACCGGAAAAGUGGUCCACUGCUCCAAGACCGAGAACUCGGAUCUAUUCUGGGCCAUUCGCGGCGCCGGUGCUUCAUUCGGCGUCGUCGCUGAACUCGAGUUCGACACCUUCGCUGCACCAGAACAAAUCACAUAUUUCGAUAUUGGUGGAUUGAACUGGAACCAACAAACUGCUCCUCAGAAUCUCCUGGACUUUCAGGAGUUUGGAAAGACUAUGCCUGCGGAAAUCACUAUGCAGAUGGCCAUCUCCAAGAAUGGAUACAGUGUUGAUGGUACUUUUGUCGGUACGGAGGCUGACCUUAAGAAGGCUCUUCAGCCGCUGCUUAGCAAGUUCAAUGUGCAAGUUAGUGCGACGACUGUGGAUUGGAUUCAGCUUGUUACUCACUUUGCUGGUGCAAAUGUCAACAUCAACCCUACCAGCGCUUCAUACGAUGCUCACGACAACUUCUAUGCUAGCAGUCUGCAAGCGCCUGAACUCACUCUCGCUCAAUUCAAGUCCUUCGUCGACUACAUCUCCACCACUGGCCAGAGCAGCAGUCACUCGUGGUGGUUGCAGAUGGACAUCUCUGGCGGCAAAAACUCCGCCAUCUCCAAGCACAAGUCCACCGACACUGCUUACGUUCAUCGCGACGCGCUUCUUCUCUUCCAAUUCUACGACAGCGUUGCUCAGAAUCAGAAGUAUCCCUCUGAUGGCUUCAACCUGAUCAAGGGUCUGCGACAGAGCAUCUCCAAUACCCUGAAGGCGGGUACUUGGGGCAUGUAUGUCAAUUACCCUGAUUCGCAGCUCAAAGGAGACAGAGCUACCGAGAUGUACUGGGGAAGCAACCUCGCCAAGUUGGAGUCCAUCAAGGCGAAAUACGACCCAAAGAACAUCUUCCGCAAUCCUCAGUCAAUUAAGCCCAAGGCUUAA